CCGACAUCUCCGGUCAACAGCACGAUCGCUCACAUUCCGAUCUCCGCAUCUCUACCACUUGGCCAGACUCCGGUGGCAAUCCACAAUGCCCUCGCCACCGAAACUAGACCACAUAGCAGUCUCAGUGGAUUCGCAAUCGCCAUCAAUAGCAAUCAUCAAGUUCAAUCGGCCCAAAUCCGCAAAUGCAAUCAACACAGAUAGUGUAAAACAAUUCCUCACAGCACUGGAGUGGGCGGAAACCGAAUCACAGAUCCGGAUAAUCUUGACGACUGGCGAAGGCAAAUUCUACACCGCAGGUCUCGAUCUGCUGGAUCCUUCUGUCAAGCAAGAAGGCGCAACCAUUUCCGACGAGUUUAUUGAUACCAUCGGAGCGAUUCAUGAACAUUUGAUCAAGACGAAUAAGUUGGUUGUUAGUGCUGUCAAUGGACCGGCGCCAGGAUGGGGAACGACCAGUAUCGCACUUUCCGAUCUAGUCUAUGCAGCCUCAAAUGCCAUCUUCUUCACGCCAUUCGUCCAAUGGGGACUAUGCGCAGAAGGCUGCUCCAGCUUAACUAUGACCCGUUUAAUGGGAAGACAAAAGGCUUCCGCGCUAAUCUUGGCUGGAGCGAGAUUCAAUGCUCAGGAAGCUGAGUCUGCCGGGCUUGUCACCAAGAUUCUUGGGCAAGAGGGCUUUGGUGAUGAGGUAUUGAAGAUCGUGAGAGGAAUUGCGAAAUUGCCGCCUGCGAGUCUGAAGGUCAACAAAGAUCUGCUGAUGAGAACGCAGAGAGCGGGAUUGCUGGAGGCGAAUAAGGUCGAGUUGAGAACGCUGAAGGAUCAGGUUCGUCAGAAUGAGUCGCUUGAUGCAAUUGCUGGAUUCGCUGAGGAGACUGAGAGGAAGAAGAAGAAGGAGAAAGCUAGCAAGUCCAAGUUAUGAGCUUGGCCGCUACAAUGCUUGCCUGCGAUGCUGUUCACCGUGAUUGAUACAGGCUCGCCAAUAACCCAUCAAAAGUUGAUUAGGAUUGAGUUCAGCAUGACGUUGGGGCGUGUUUCAUCUCGCGUCUUCGCGUCUUCGUCUUCGUCUUCAUGCUAUUCACUCAGAAAGUCAAGCGUUCGAUGGGGAGAGACAAAUUCAACGUCCAUCAUGAGUGCCACCCAAUUACAAGCACUCUUGCGCUUUCUGACAACAGAUGCGAAAGUGCCUCUUGCGACGGCAAUCAGCAAAGCGAGAGAACUUCAAGCAGCACAGCUCGAUUCGGCCGAAGCAAUCGCCAAGGUCAAGGCAGAAGCUUUACAGAACACCUUCCCCGAUGCAAAGAUGGCGAAACAAAUCAUUUCUGCUGCAAAACGGGUAUCAAAGAAACGAGCAGCCGGAGACGAAAGCACUUCGCCACCGAAGAAGAAACGAAAAGAGGGUCUGUUUUCAGACGAACCACUUCCACCAGCAGAGUUAGAGAAGUCUUUAGAGCUUCCCAGCAGUGAUGCAAGUGAGGGAGAAUUGCGAAAGACGGUUCUGUUCACUAAUCGUGCGCCCCUUGUGCUGGCGUUUUUAGUAAUUUUGCUCAAGCACACUAUGCCCGAGCAGCCGCUGUCAAGUAGACUAAGCCUAUCGCAGGCGUAUGUGAGCAUUACGAGCAGGUCACGAGCGGUGUAUCUCGGUCUCGAGAAUGGUAAGAGUGCUGAGGAUGAGGGGUUCGGACAAGGCCAGCCUACGGUCGUUGUCGGCGAGAAGGCGAUCAAGGUUAUUCGGAGGUGGGGAUAUGAGUGGAGGAAUGAGAGCAGCAGCGAUGUGAAGGUGAAGACGGAAGAGGCGUUGACGAAUGAUCAGACAGAAAGUUUGGAGUCGGUUGAAGAACAGCCGGCACUUUGGGCACUAGAUCUCGAAGCUCUCAAGAAAUCUGGGAACGAGAGACAGCCUGCGAUGGUUCAGAUUGGCAACAACAGCAAUUUGCCUGUCUAUACUCCGCAGUCUGCCCGAGCGUAUUUGUUCAAAUCAUUCGACACAGCGCCGGGAUCUGAUGCUUCCACUUCGAAGAAGCUGACUGGCGUCGCAAAGGCAGCAGAGAAGGAGCAGAAUCUCGGCAAGCUUCUUCGCGCUCUUGACAUCCUCUACGAAGCCUGGGCGGCCAAGCUUACACCUGAUGAGCUUGAUAGUAGGACGUGGAAUUGGUAUGUCAAAGUCAGGCCCGCGGUGGCUGACGGCGCUGCUGGAUGGGGUGGCAAGAACGAAUUGAAGCUUGCCGAUAUUUUGAACUUGCGUCCAGACCCAUGA